GAACAGUGUAUGUGUACUAUUCAUUGACUGUAUUGUAUGUAUUGGAGAAAAUCCAAUGUAUUAGUACAACAACAGUGUAUAUGUGUAUGUGUUGUAUGAGUGGAAGCGCAUAGUGUUAUGCAUAGUGUUUACAAUAAUACAGUAUUAGACUCUCACUGACUCAGACUCACAGUCACUCAUACAUACAUUGAUAGCCAAUUGAAUAGCUGUGCGACAGUCAGUCAGUCAGUACUCGUGAUUACCAAACGUGAGCACAAAAUAUAUGCACAUAUAUUGACAGUCUAUGUGUGUGUGUUUGGACUCAUCCAUACAGUUAUGUGAUUGACUGUCACUCACACACACAACAAAUAUAAUAAUGCAUUGAUAUAUAUAUAUAUAUAUAUAUAUAAACAACAACAACACAUGUGUGAUGUGCAAUGAGAUGACUGACCAUUUGAGAUGACUGUCCAUCACUUAAUAAUUAUAUGCGAGGACAACAACAUCAACAACUAAAAGAUGAUCAACACUUACAUGUGAUAAUCACUGGCAAAACACCUACAAUGUCAUCACCUAAUGACACAUUACGUCAUCGGGCGGCACAUCGUAUCGCCCGAAGGGCCCGAUCUUUCAAACAGGACUUCAUUGAAAAACUCAAUCAAAUAAGGAGUCCAUCGGCCACACGGUCACAAUCACCGCAUAAAUACGGUCACCAUUACAGACAUUAUAAGAAUAAACUGGUCAAAGGUCAACAACAACUACAACCACAGCAAACAUUUGAUAGCAAAAAGUCACAAAAAAGUGCUAAAAAAGAGAAAGACAUCAAUAGUGCCAAUCAGUUCGUUAAACACUUGUCUUCAGCGCUUCGAUACUUCCAGGAUGUGGUAGAAAAAGACAAAUUGGAACAGUUGUCCGGUUCGGUCACUAUUAUACUUGAAAUUGUAUUAACAGGUUAUUCACAAUUAAAAGCAUAUCUUAUCAAUAAUGAACAAAGUUCACACAUAGUUUCGGCAACCAAUCAGGUGUAUCAAUGUUUGGCUCAAUUGAUCCGAUGGUCGGACGAUAUUUUGCUUAAUAAUAGAGACAAACCAUUAGAUAAAGAAAAUGUGACCGAAAUUGCAAAGAAUGUCUUGGAAUCAGUUAAUAGUUUGGUUCAGUUAUGUAUUGAUCGCUACAAGAAUAGAGAAAUACUGAAUAAAGUUGUUGUCGUCGACGACAACAACCAAAAUAAUGUCAAACCUAACGGUUCUUCCACACCACUACUCACUACACAAACGUUGGGCCGAUUGCCCAAAAAGGCUGAUCCGACAACACUUAAACAUAAUCUUACAAACACCUCAUCUCACAGGUCAUCACUACCAGAGAUACCGUUAUCUCCGCGCGAGAAACAAAUAUUGGAGACAACAAACUUUGAGACUCCGCCACCCGUUCCCUACAGAAGAAAUCUAAUCGACAGAUUCAACCAUUCCUUGUCCUCAGACAAUGUUCUCAACGACACGUUUGAUACCAUCGACGGAUCAGAUCCGCCGCCGCCUAAGCCACCGAAACUGCCUAUCUUUGAUCAGUUAGAACAAAGUAUGUCCAAUAGAUACUCGGAUGAUGAGAUAAAUCCGCCACCACUUCCUCCUAAACGGUUUCCCCGUACAAACAAACUAUUGUCACAGCAAUCAUUUGAUUGGCCACAAACAUGUCAGUCAUCUAACUGUCACUCACAAUGUGAUAGCAUCGACUCGUGUCUCAACCUAUCGGGACUCAAUCACCUUUCAGCUGAUGACCUUUUAUCUAUGACUCGCAGCGACAACACAUCCGAGACCCGAAGCUAUCGGUCACAACUUAAUUCAUAUAACACGACUUCAUCGUCUGAUGAAAAUCGGAGCAAUAAUUCAUAUAUCAAUCGUUAUGAAUAUCGGUCGACAAAACAAACUAAAACACAUACUUAUCAUUACUCGGUUGACAGUCAAUCGUCAAAAGAAAGUCUUCAUUUUUCAUUAAGUUCGCCACCAUUUCAUUCGCAUAGAAUCGACUCAUUGAUUGAUAAAAUGAAAUCAUUUAAUGCGGGCGAAGACACGGUCGACGGCGAUAUUCCGCCACAAUUACCGGUGAAAUUACGACCUAAACUAAGUCUUUCCAAUAUAAACAAUAUAUUAGAUACUAAACCGAUGCGUCCCGUCUCUCAAUACGAUAAUAUUGACGAAACGUGUGAUUCUAGUCAUUUCAAUCACUAUUGCGGACACGACACCAACCAAAGGUCACAAACAAAUGAGUACUGUCCGCAUAUCACGACGUCGUGUCCGCAUUCAAUUUCAUGUCCACAUUUUCUAAAUACCAGUGCUGCCCCUAACUGUCCAACAGUUACAGUAAUUGAUAGCAAUGACCUGGAGAAUAGACCGCCACCGUUACCACCGAAGAAGCGUAAUAUGAUGGUAUACAUGCAAAUGGUGGACAGUUAUAACGGACCGGAAAGUGUCGAAUUUUAUCGACACUCACACACCUACCAGACCAUAGAAAAUCAAUGGCAGGCCGUUGAGCGCACAUUCAUUCAGCAACGGUCUAUAACUACUAGUUUUGUGUCGGCCAGCAGUGAUGACUCUGUCUUUUCGCUUGAAUCGGAGACGUCGUCAACACCGCCGCCUCUACUUCCACCCAAAAAGAAGAAAUCCAUGUUAACGACAACUACGAUGACAACACCCAAACUUAAUGAGUCGCCUGAGUUGAUGCCGCGCACGAGUACGCCCGUCAGUCUCGUGCCAUCGUCCGAGAGUGGCAUCAGUUCUCAGUCGGAACUGACCAGAGUUGAGAUAGAAGAUCCCGAAGAGUUGUCAGCACUGGAAGAAACUGAUGUUUCCAUAUAUAUUGUGUUCAAGAAUCCAUGUGAUGACGGGCCGGAUAUUAGGGGUGGAACUGUCGACGGGCUUAUCGUUAAAGCGACAGAAGUUUCCAAAAACGAUUUCAUGUUUCAAGAGGCCUUCCUUACCACUUAUCGGACUCUACUGACUCCUAUGGAACUCAUAAAUAAACUGCUAUUUCGUUACAACAAAUUCAUACUAAUUUCUGAUAUGAGACAGAGAGCGGCCAGAAAUGCUUUCGCACUACUGGUCCGAGUGGUCGACGAUAUGUGUAUUGGUGACUGUAAUGACAAAGUACUGGAAAUCUUAAUGGAUUUCAUCUACCAAUUGGUAAAUCGAGGCGAUCUGGCGCUGGCCAAAGUGCUUCGGACCAAAUGUAUUGAAAAGUUAGAUCAACGGGAAAGGACUCGCAACUCAUGCAAAGCACUCUUACCAUCGAUUAAUAUCACGAGUAAACCGUUCUCAUUAUUGGACUUCAAAUCCGAUCAUUUGGCCGAACAGAUGACACUUAUGGACUCUGAACUCUUCCUCAAGAUUGAGAUACCAGAAGUGUUGGUUUGGGCUAAAGAACAAAAAGAAGAACUGAUUCCCAAUUUGAAUACAUUUACCGAACACUUCAAUAACAUGUCUUAUUGGACGCGUUCACGAAUUCUCGAUGAAAAAGAGGCCAAAGAAAGGGAACGACUGGUUCUUAAGUUUAUUAAAAUAAUGAAACACUUAAGAAAACUGUCAAACUUUAACUCAUAUUUGGCUAUACUGUCGGCACUGGACUCGGCGCCCAUCCGACGGCUUGAAUGGCAGAGAAAUAUCACUGAAAGUAUCAAAGAGUACAGCGCUCUCAUCGACUCGUCGUCCAGUUUUAGGGCGUAUAGACAAGCAUUGGCCGAUACGGAGCCACCCUGUAUACCAUACAUUGGUCUCAUUUUGCAAGACUUGACGUUUGUACACAUCGGUAAUAAUGAUUAUCUACCCGACGGUAAUAUUAAUUUUGGAAAACGAUGGCAACAGUACAACAUAUUAGACCAAAUGAGAAGAUUCAAGAAUUGUCACUAUCCGUUCAAACGAAACGACCAGAUAAUAGCAUUUUUCAACAAUUUUGAAGACUACUUAAGCGAAGAUGCGAUGUGGCAGAUAUCUGAAGACAUUAAGCCCAGAGGUGUCACCAGAAAAUGACAAUUCACUCAUACAAACCACAUCUCGCAUUAAAUAUUGUUAAUUUUAUUUUCAUAUUUAUAUAUAUAUAUAUUGUUCA